CCUCGCCACGACUGGACCGGACCGGCUCAGGAGCGUUGUCAGCCAGCGACCUCGGCCACCGGCGAGCACGAGAGCGGCCGGCUGGAAGACGCUCCAGGCGCGGAAGCACGCUUCCAGCCGCGGUCUGCUGCCACGCGCCGCUCAUUGUUCCCGCGUGCGUGUGUGUGUGACUGUGUGCAGUAGUGGGCGGAACCUUCUCGCGGGGACAAGGAACACCGCGGCGUCGCCGGCUUCAGUCAGUACGUCGUCGGCGUGCACCGGAAGUAACCACCGAGGCACGUUUCGCGCACAAACUAAAUUCAUCUGCACCUUGGAUGUUUUUUCUGCUCCCACGCAAAACAGUUUUCCUUAAAACUUCACAACCCACGUGAUGACAGCUUCCGAAAACAACGUAAUCUGACAGUUCUCCUUGAGGUGCCAAUUGACUUUCAACUAAUACGCCGUGUGACUGAACUAGUGAGAACGGUGGAGGACCAAAUUAGACGGGGGGACACGAGAAGAAGGAACGAUAUUACUUAUCUGGCCACAGUUUCCCGCUAGCCGUGUGUGUGUAUCGAGUGCAGUGCCCGCGCUGUGAAGUGAGCAGCGUCUCCACGCUCCUUAACGAGUGCAUCCUUGCGGCUCUACCGGAAGUGAAGAACAGGUUUCCAGACAUCGUAUCGUAACGGGAAGUUUACAGCAGCCUACUGCUGUAAGGCGAACACGUCGGCCGACGGCUGCGAGCAGGCGGCUCCAUGGGCGUGUGCCGGAGGACUCGGAGCGGCCGGCUUUAGCGCAUCACCAGAGCCGGGGCGGCCAGCAGCAGCAUCCAGGUGGAGACGUGAUGAAACGAGAAAGGCGUGACUGCAUUUUUCCGCUGACGUAGACAGCACCACCUCGCUUGCAGCGAUCGCAGCGUUAUGGAAUAAGAGGCGGAGGACACCGAGAAUCCAGAGCAGAGUUGACACUGGAGAGUCUUCCGUGUACCAGAACGCACAUUUGUUGGAGGACCCCACCCCACGUGAUAAUGGAUAUCACAGAAGCUUUCAGAGCGGAAGACAUAUCAAAGACGGACUUCUUCGAUUUCGUCGUGGCCCCCGACGUGGGUGACCCGCCGCACGCGCUGACCUUCAACCGCUCGCUGAUGAAGUCCAUGGGCAUAUUCAUCGAGAACUCCUCGGUGAACAGCGGCGCCGCCCAGAUGGGUGCGUUCCAGGAGCUCAAGGAGGCCAACAACAACCACCUGGUGAUGGCGUCCGCGGCCGGCGCCGCCAACGCCGGCGGAGACCCGGGGGCGCUCGCCUUCUCCGAGCACGGCUUCUGGUCGUCGCCGCCGCAGUGCGACAAGGAGACGGUGCGCCUCGAGACGGCCUUCUUCGAGGACCUCAACACGUACUGCUGGAGCCAGGACAGCGACGCGUCGGGAUCCUCCAGCCACAAGGAGGCGGCCACGCCCGGGGGCGGCGGCCGGCCGGGGGCGGCCGGCGGCGGCAACACGGACGGCGCCAUCUACACGCUGACGGUGCUGCACGGCAACGAGCAGCAGCCGGCCGGCGCCGCCGCCACCUGGUACCGCCCCCCGGAGGCGGCGGCCGCCAAGGGCGACCGCGGCGCCGCCUCCGCCUCCGCCGCCCCCGCCGGCGGCGCCCCGGAGGCCGGCCUGCGGCAGAUGGCCGCCCAGCAGCAGCCGCAGCAGCAGCCGCAGCCGGCGCUCGACAUCGACGCCAUCCUCAGCAUCGUGCCCGGCGACGGCCACGCGCGGACCAACGGCCCGCCCUUCCACUCCAACGGCUACCACCCGCACCAGCCGCACAGCCACCAGGACGCCAGCACGCUCAGCCCGCACCAGGCCAUGGCCCACGAGAUCAAGACGGAGCAGCAGCAGCAGCAGCAGCAGUACAGCUACGAACACAUCUCCGAGUCGUCGCCGAUGAUGGAGACCAGCGGCGACGCCGAAACGUUUGGUGGCGCCACGGGCCAGACCGCGGCUUCCAACAACAACAACGACUGGAAGAUUGGCGACAACAACAGCGGCACCAAUGUGGACUCGCUGCUGAGGAGUGCGCUUCAAGGCAAAGGGGCCUUCUUGAACAGGUACAACGGCGUGCACAAGAGCGACUGCCUCAAGGACGGCCACACGGAGCUGCGUCGCGCGCUGUCCACGCCGCCCGGCAGCCACGGCAGCGGCUCCAAGACGCCGACGGCGGCCGAGUCGCCGGUGUUCGUGCCCGAGGCGGCGGAGGACAGCGCCGACAAGAAGCCGCUGGUGCAGCACCUCCAGCUGGACAGCGGGCCGGCGGGCAGGGCCGCCAUGUUCGACGACGGCGACCACCACUCCCCGCCCGCCACCAGCGUCGACGACAUCCUCUUCUCGUUCCCGGGAGGCUUCGACGAGAAGAUACGGAACAUCACGAACGAGGUCGUGGAGUCGGCGAAGCGGUUCUGCGUGAUGGAGCAGCAGCCGCACGACCAGCACCACGCGUCCCUGUACAUGGCGCGGCUCCCGCCACCCACCCACGACGGGCUCGCGCUGAUCCCUCUGAACCACCACCACCAGCACCACCACCACCAGCACCACCACCACCACCAACAGCACCACCCCCACCAGCAGCCGCACCACCACGCGCUGUCGUCGCCUCCGGCACCGCAGCACCAGACGCCGCCGCCGCCGCCGCCGCAGGCGCCGCCGAGGGCCAAGAAGUACUCCAAGAAGCAGAGCUCCGCAGCCAAGGGGGCAGCGCAGCAGGGCGCAGCCGGCAGCACGCCGGGCGCGCGCAAGGAACGCUCGCUGCACUACUGCAGCAUCUGCAGCAAGGGCUUCAAGGACAAGUACUCGGUGAACGUGCACAUCAGGACGCACACCGGCGAGAAGCCCUUCUCCUGCACGCUGUGCGGCAAGAGCUUCCGCCAGAAGGCGCACCUCGCCAAGCACUACCAGACACACAUCGCGCAGAAGAAUCUGACACCGGGCGGAGGCGGCGGCGGCGGCAGCGGCUGCGGAGGCGGCAGCGGCGUGUCCAAGCCGUCCACCAACAAGAACCGGUACGCCGCUCCCAAAGCCUCGUGAUUACUGCGCCUCGGACGGCUCCUUCUCCUCUAAAACGGUCGCAGCAGACUUUCUGUCCAGUGGCUGUGUUGGCACUAAUGUUACCAUCUUCAGAGCAUUUGGCUUUGUAGGUCAGUCCGUAUUUCCGAGUCACCAACUACGUCACUGUUAUUAGCAAAUGUAAUUUUUUUUUAUCUCGUGGACACACAGUGCAUUUUAUAUAAACUACACUGCAUAUUUUAGUUUAUAGAUGCCCCUGUGAAUUUCAAUAAGUGUGGAAAGUUAUAAACGUCCCGUUUUUCUUUUUACUCCUGCUGAUCUCUCAGUAUUAUUACUAUUAUUAUUUUAUUGUUAUUAUUUAAUACUUGUUUUUAAGUUUCGUAUAAAUGUAAAUAAUUAUAUCACAACGAUAAUUUCGGCGGAGGCGAUGAAGAUGACCAUACCAAACCACUGUCCAAAACUUCACGGAGUAGCACAAAAAUGACUCGUUCACAUUUUAUCAAGCAUUUUUGCUGAAAACACAGAUGUCAGUAUUCUUCCAUAAGCGCUGGAAUAUUAUACUACUCGAAAAAGAAAAAUAUAAUUUUGUUACAAUAUUCUUUCCAGAAAACUACGACAAAAUCAUAUGAAGAAUAAAGAGUAACAUGUGGAGAAAUUCCAUAGUGAGACCGGAACAUCCUUGACAUAAGGUAAUGCCUUCUGCUUUUCUGAGAUAUGCUAGUGUGUGGAGCAAUGUGACAGAAAAAUAAUCAUUCAAUAAAGUGGAAAGUGUCUCAGAUGGUUUGUUUCGACUCCAGCUUCAUAGUUAACCAAAUUUAUUCAGUUAUCACAAAUAGAAGAUGUUUCAAACAUAAAUCAAACUCUAGUGGUGAUCGAUCACGUCGUGGGCAACUGUUAGACAUAAUGGUCGCUGACGCUUCCUCACGGUGCUGGGGGCCAUCCUGUAUUGGUUAUGCGUCUUGCUCGUUCGGUGAAAUCUCAUCAUCCUAUGGCCCGCAAAUACAAUAAAAAACGCCUAGCAUUGGGGAAGCACCUCCAGCAAAAGUUGUUCCAAAUCACGUGAUCUGUCGCCCUCACAAGUUUCGUGCAAAAACUUUGGAACACCCAGUAUAUUACGUUUGCAUAGAUUAAUGAACGUAAGCAACUACUGUUUGUGCUUAUUACGAUUUCUUAUAAUGUUCUCAGUACUUCUGAGUUUCACAUAUCGGUGCAAAACAAUAAUAAUAUCACUGGUGUAACUAGUAAUAGCAAUAUCACUAGCAUAGCUAAAUAUUUUGAUAUCAUCCGCACUUACCUACUCCUAAUUUGCCUGUGUUGUUAACUGCCUCUCUGACAUGGAUCACUUGUAAUAGCUCAGUAACAUAAAAGCACUGCAUAAAAAAGCUGAGAGAGUCAUGUGCCAUAAAAAAUAUAUUUGGAUUUUAAAAAGAGAAACUAAUUGAAGCUGUUAAACACAAAUAAGUACAAAAAUAUCAUACAACACUACUAUGUCUCCAGAAAUCAUAUCCAAAACAGUAAAUUUUGACAUGUCUAGACAUGAAACUGUAACAUACUCCAGUACCAUUGAGUGCAGUUAUGAUAGCUAUUUCUUGAAAGAUGAGAACCUAUUUCAGCCACAAGGUGUGAUCUGUUAAUCAGUAUUAUAAAUGUAGGUACUUAUCUUCUCUAAAAUAACAUAUUCAUCACUUCAUAGACAAUGUCUGUACACACACAAACACACAAUUAAUUUCAACUUAAUUGCUGUUUAAUGCAUUACUCAUAUAAGCCAUCAGUUCCAAGUAUUUCUGUGUGUACACCAUGGCAUUGCCUCUGAAAGACUGGGGAUGUUUUUCUUGUUGUGAGCAUCUUUCUUCAUUUCACUGAUAAUUUCACAGCCCCAUAAAUUCUUCAAAAUUUUAUAAUUCAUCUAUUUUUGGUGGUCAUGGUUAUUGGUGUAGUGAGUAAUUUCUGUAGUUUUCCAGUAUUUGAUAAUCCAUAUACAACACUGGGUGAUAUUUCAGCAGAAUUAUUUCCUCCAUGUCAUUCACAAAACAGAGCAAACAAAACACUACCCUUACAAAGCAGGCCUCUGAUUAAACUGUUGCUGGUAGUUCCUUCAUAAUAUUGUUCAGUACACUGGGAGUAAACAUACUGUUUUAAAUAUGCAUAACUGAGAUUACUUUAUGUAGCUACAACUAUCAGUUUAUAUUUACUAUAAGUAUCACUUUCAUUUCUCCACAUGUCCACACAGCAAUGACAUAUUCUUCUCCUUGAAAUUAUUUUCGUGACUGUGUAAGAAACUCACUAUCUCUCUUGUGAAUCACAUUAUUUAUUGUAGCCCAUUUGAUCACCAGAGUAUUUGUCAGACUUUAAUAGCAACUGACAUUUUCAUCUCAACAUCACAAAGCACAAACAUAUCAAACUGUCAUUUAAAAUUAAGACUUAAUCACAAAGAGAGUAAAUAACUGAUCAUCCUUGUGUUUGAGGUGAAGCAGUGGUGCAUAUCAAGUGAAAAUGGUGUAAUGAGUGAGAUCAUUUAGACAAAUCCUAUAAUAUGUAUACUAUUUUUCCCAAUCAGUUGAGGUAAUUAUAUUAGGUAUAGCAGUUAUGAAGGCCAAACAUUUGUUGCCAAUUCAUAUUUUUAUAUAAUGUUUAUAUAUGUGUAAUAAAUGUUGUUAUACAAUUUAAGAUAUUUUAUUUAUGAGAUAUUAAAAUACAAAGAAAAUAAAGAUUUUUAUGGCUAUG